AUGGACAGGUACGAGAGAGCAGUUCUGGUGGGAUGCAACUACCCCGAGACCCAAUUCGGCUUGCAUGGACGCAUCAAUGAUGUGAAAACCAUAGGAGAUGGGAUCCUGAACUUUGGGUUCAAGGAAAGUGAUAUUAAUGUCCUCACCGGUGCGCCAGGGUCGUCGGUUCUGCCUACCGGCGCAAACAUUAGGGAUGCACUUAAUAGAAUGGCGUGCAAUGCUAAAGCAGGAGAUGUCCUAUUUUUCUACUUCAGUGGACAUGGAACACGCAUUCCAAUCUUUCAACCUGGCCAGCCUUUCAAGCAAGAUGAAGCAAUCGUGGCUUGUGAUUUAAAUCUUGUCACGGAUGUGGACUUCAGCCGUUUAGUUAACCGGCUACCAGAAGGAGCAAGCUUCACAAUCCUAUCAGAUUCGUGCCACAGUGGUGGUCUCAUUGAAAAAGAGAAAGAACAAUUUGGUGUUGAGCAUAUGACGACACCAGUAAAUCCCAACAUGCCUAAACCGUCUAAGGUUAAGGUUAAGAGUCUUCCUUUUGAUAUCAUACAUGGUGCGAUAGAUACAGCAGCAGGCCUCCUACACGACGCAGUAAAUAUUGGCCAAAAGAUUUUCGGAAUCUUCGGGAAAGAUGUGAGGCUCAAAUUCCAUCCUCACUACGUAGAUGGGUUAAUGGUGUUGGAUCCACUGAAGGAGGAUGAUGGGAUUUUAUUAAGAGGGUGUGAAGCCUAUGAGACAUCAUAUGACUAUUUGGGGAUGCGGUGGUUAACGUACUCUUGGUUUUUAAUUUUCACAACUUCAAAUCAAAACUGA